AUGGGUGGUUAUAUUGAAUUGUUCAAGGAAGACGAUCAGAAGAAAAGGAAAUCCUACGGAAUUUACGGCCUCACAUGCUGGCACGUCGUUGAAGAUGUAAUUCCAGACGGUGAAGUGAGAAAGCGUUAUAACGACAACGGCAUGAAUCCUGGAGACGCAAAUGGAAAGAAGGUGGGUCUAUUGUGUCCGGGAAAAAACGAACAUCUUUCCUAUUUGAAACAAAUUGAUUACGCUAUUGAGCGCAGGAGGAACACACCGAAGGCGUCGGAGACCGCCAUUCGACUUACUCUUGAGAAAGAUGCAAGCCUUCAAGCGUGGGACGAGCAUGGGAAACUUGGACACCUGUUCUGUGGCUCUGGUCACAAAAGGAAUGGUGAAAGCCAUAGACUUGACUGGGCGUUGAUCAAGGUGGAUCAAGAACGAAUUGGUACAAACAAGCUACCAUCCAGAGAGACAUGGGACAAUCUUCCGUGCAAUUCUCGAAUGAUUGUGCCAAUUCAUCUAGACAAAUUAACGAAGAUUGGAAACCGCUCUCAGUCAUCCGAAUAUGUGUUUCAAGUGGGCAACGUAUCCAAAGCUAGCAUUGGUGAAUUUUCUGAGAUGCGGUCAGACUGUUUACUCAAAGGCGAAACUGUUCAUUCUAUCGAAUAUUGUUUCACCGGACGCGGCGGCCUUUUUGCGCAAGAAGGGGACUCCGGUGCUCUUGUAUAUGACAUGACUUGUAGUCUGGUUGGAAUGGUCUUCCUUGGCAAUAGCAUGUUUUAUAACCCAGGAGUCACAUACGUUAUGGACAUAAAACAUCUGGUCAAGGACAUUGAGGAAAGGACUGGCUGCAAGGUCGGUUUGCCUCAAUAG